UCUGGUCCCCCCCCCCAGCCUCUACAAAGCAAUGGCUGCCUGCGCGCGUCUAGGCCCGGUGUGGUAGGCCUCCGCUUCACUUGGGCUGCGCGGCGGAGGUGCCGUUUCGUGUGGUUCCGAGUCGUCAGGAUGCCGCAGAAACCCGGGGAGGAGGACGAGGAGAGAGGGGCAGGAGAGGCUUUGGGGCGCCUGCGCUCGGUGAACACUCGGGAACCUUGCCAGGUCAUUUUCUGUAACCGCAGCCCCCGCCUGGUGAGCCCCGUCUGGCUGGACUUCGAGGGGAAGCCGCGCUCCUACCCGAGCUUGAAGCCCGGCACGGGCCGACGGAUGCACAGCUACCUGGAACAUCUUUGGCUGUUCAGAGAUGCUGGGACAGAUGAUAGUCUUCUUGUCAACCAAGCAGAGCUGUUUGUGGCUACCCGCAAUAUGAAUGGGCAGCCUGUAUUUGCAAAUAUUACACUACCAGUGUACACUCUGAAGGAAAGAUGUCUCCAAGUUGUCCGUGCUUUAGUAAAACCAGUGGACUACAGGAAAUUAGACAUUGUUCGGUCACUAUAUGAAGAUUUAGAAGAUCAUCCAGAUAUUAGGAAGGAUCUUCAGCGGCUUUCUCUGGAAACGAAUGAUAGGCUAAGGAAUAGAGUUGAAGGGUCAUCAGUGGAAAACUACUCUUACUAAUAAAUUGUUGGGUAUAAGAAACAUUUACUGCUGUAUGAACUGAAAAGGCAUUAACAUUCCAUAGUGUUUUAGGAAGCAGACAUUGCUUUGGUUUAGAACUUGUAACUUCAUAACUUAGAGACAAAGCCAUGGGACAAUGAGGCAAAGUGGUAGAAUGCUGCAGCUGAAAAUACUCGACGACAUCCUGUCCUGGGAAAACCUAUACAAAUUGUAUUUUACAUUAGACCAAAUACAAACACCUAGGUCAUUUGAUAGAUUAGAUUGGCAAAAGCCAUUUUAUGUGAUUUUCCACUUAUUUAAAGUAUCAUUUUAUUAUAUGUGUUUAGAAAACACCCUGUAUGUGUGGUCUUUGGAAUUUGAGCAACUUUAAUUUAAUUAUACCAAAUGAUAAAUUAUCCUUAAACUGCAACUUGGUCUCUCCAUUCCCCCCCAAAAAUAAUUCAGAUUAAAUACUGUAAAUUAGAACUCUCUGGAUUUACUUUUUCUUGUGCCAGUGGUUUCCUACAGGUCAUUAUUUCCCAUGGUGUAACAAUAUACUCCGAGUAUGCAGGAACUGCACUCUCUCACACAUUUGCCCUAUGUUUGUCUAUGCUGUUACGGGAAUUUUGGUGUGAUGGGAGCUGCUACUGUUCCCACUUCAGCUAAAGAAAGAGCCUGGCAGCUCUGUGGUGCAGGCAAAGUUUUUUUUCCUCAGAUCACAAUUUCACCCUCAUUCAAAGCUUGCUAUUGCAUUGAAGGUGAAUUUUUAAGUAUGAAAAGAAUAUGCUGUCUCUCUUAGAGGUUCCAAUAAAUAACCCAUCAAAUUCAUUAUUUGCUACUCUUUUUUAACACCCCCCAAGCUAUAUACUGUAUUGCCUUCUUUAAAAUUAUCUGCAAAAUUUUGAGGCAACAGUUAUGAAGCUGACUACUUUAGAACAUAUUUUUGUUUUGAGCUACACAGAUGAUCAGUGGGACACUAUUUUCCUAUUUUCCAAUAUCCUGUGUUUGCAACUAUUACAAUUUUUUGGUUGUUGGGUGUCAACCCAACAUUUUUACCAGUUGAUCUUGUACAGUUAUUUCCAAGUAUCUUAACAGGACUACUGUGAAAUGAACUUGUUGAAGACAUUGCAGUGUACUGAAUGUGUUGUAAAUUGUUACCUUUUGUAAAGUCACUGGUUUGUGAUGUAGGUGUGUACUAACUUUUUUGUAUACUUUGUAAAUUUCUUUCUAAAAAGAUAGAAGGAUUUCUGUAUAUAUGAUAAAUCUGUACUUUUGAUGUUGCCAGACAAAUAUGUGCACACAAGAGGAGGGAAGAGACAAGGUUUACCCCUCACAGAGAUACAGUUCCCAGCAUCCUUAACAGACCUACGGUUCCUGGGAUUCCUUGGGGGCUUCUGUCUGUUCUUCCAGGUCUAAAGGAAGAAUCAAAAAUAGCAAAAUGAAGAAGAAAGUCUGUGAAUAUGAAUUCCAUGCAAGAUAGAUUGCAGUAGCUAAGCUUUCAAUUUUGUAUCUGAAUUUUUGAACAUGCUGGGCCACAUUUGGAGCAUUGUUAGAUUUAUAUGGUUCUUUGUUUCUGAUAAAUACCUAGACCAGAUUAUGCUGACAGCUACCAAGACCAGAUUAUUAGAAUUGCAAUUUUGAUGUUUAAACAUUGCUUUUAAUAUGUAUUCAGCUAUUGCUCAGCAUUCCAUAUAAUGCCAUUUCAUGUAUUAUUAUUAUUUGAACCUAUGAGGCAUUAAAGCUUUCCCCCCCUUAAUUGCAGCACUGUUAUUUCCCCCAUUCUUUCCUUUGUCUGAUACUUUAUUAUAUGUAAGCAAUAGUGGCAGCCAUUAUGUUUGCUAAUAGAAUAUACUAGGAUGCAUGCCAGUUCUUUUCUUAAAGUUCAUGUGUGACUCUCAGUUUCAUUUCAUAUAUUUUGUUUCGUUGGUGGUAAUGUGUUAUUCCCUUUUCAAUGUCUUAUUUAGCAAUGACUUCCCCCCUUUUUCUUAGAAUCAUAAAACUGUAGAGUUGGAAGGGAUCAUGAGGGUCAUUUUGUCCCAUCCCCUGCAGUGUAGGAAUCUUUUGCCCAACAUGGGGCUUGAACCCAUGACCCUGAGAUUGAGUUUCAUGGUCUGCCAACUGCCAGAAAUGACCAAGAGGAAGAGCAGCUUCCUUUUCUUAACCAAUGUUUCAAUGUGGAUUGCCUAUGGAACAGAUGGAGGGAUAUUCAGAUGCAUUUUUGAUGUAGGAGUCAUUUCUCCCUUUGCCUUUGCAAUUUUCUUUUCUUAAAACAGUGCAGGCUUGAGAGUCUUAGACUUCAGGCUGGUGUGUUUGUUAUCUUAAACAUUACAUGGGUAUCUAAAAUGGAAUGGCUGUCAUCCUAAUCCCACUUCCACGGGAGUAUGCUACAUUGAAUUCAAUAGCACUUACUUCAGAGAAGGCAUGGUUAGGAUUGUGCUGUCUUUGACCGCAAUAAAGAUUGAUGGAUUGCUGUUA